AUGCCGCUCGUUUUUUGCCCAAACUGCGCAAAUGCACUUACUGUUUCCCGUGCGGACUCCGGUCUCAACCGUUUCGAGUGCCGAACUUGUCCUUAUGAACAAAUCAUUGACAGGAAAUACUACGACAAGACCCUGAUGAAACAAAAAGAAGUCGAAGCUGUCUUCGGAGGCGCCGACGAAUGGAAGAACGCCGACAGUGUAGCCAGUAAGAGAAGCCCUAUUCCUCGCGAAGGAUGGCGAUACAAUUACCGCACAUGA